AUGGAGAAACCUUCGUACAGUUCUUUCUCGAAAAAUGAAAUGCCCUCCAAGAAAGCUUAUUACUUGGCUGAUGUAAUGCAGUUUGCUGUGCCAUUUAUAAAGACAGCCAUUCCUCCUUCACCUGGAAAUUUGCCAGAGAUGCCUGAACAACAGACAACCCAAGUACUAUCACCCUCAACUAGCGAUUAUGAUGAAAGUAUUGCAGAAAAUGAUACAGAACCUGCAUCGUUCUCACAGCAGCCCUCAUCUCCAUUUUCUCCGCCUCCGCCGCCACUACAACAAACAGCACAGACUAAACGAAACACAGAGGGAAAGUCUUGUCAGAAACAAAAAUUUAAGGUGGCCUCACGGCGGAAAUGUGAAGAGGACGCAGAUGUGUCUAUCGCUGAAUAUUUUACAGCUAAGAAGACUAAACUGGACCAAAAUCAACAAGAUGAAAGGAAAGAAAGUAUUAAAAUGUUUUUGUUAAGCCUGAUACCCGAUUUGUGUCAGUUGAGUGAUGUACAAAUAAGGGAAUUUAAGCGAAGAGUUUUGAAUAUUAUCGACGAUAUUGAAUUGAGUGCAGUAAGCCCCACUGAAAAUACUACUGCUCGCUGCCAAAGUGGAUCUGUGACAUAUUCUAAUUCAUCAAGUUUAUCAGCAGUAUCAGUUCCAUCGACUCCUCAUAAUAUUCCUCCCACAAGUCAGUAUUAUGAGAAUUUUAGACAUUCUCUGUCCCCCACUGAGGUCAAUACCUACACUAUUAUUGAUGACAGCACAACUUAG